CAACAAGUAUUGAAGGGCAGUACUCAGUGGCUCUUAUUGUUGCUGUUUAAAGCAACUUUGCUUCAAGUAGUCAAGAUGACAAUGGUUGUGUAACAAACAGCAGAUCUUUAGAAAGCUGUGGUGCAGAUGGCAAACAGCCGUUAUCAGGAUUUUCCUGAAAUGGUGUUCCUUGUCUUGCCUUUAGUUUGCUUUUGCUGCGACUUGUGACCCCACACAACUGUUGCAAAGACUUUUUGAAGGUAAGCAGAAAGCCUUUAUUGCAGACUUAAUGUGAUCUUCAAUUACUGCACUGUAUAUAGGAGUUGUUCUGCUGGUGACCGGUCUGUAGACAUGAAUAAAAGGAAUGAGAUCUGCAGUCAGUCCUUCUGAAAGUUUCCGUACUCAUGUGAGUAUGUCAACCCUUGAUUUGUAGAGCUGGGCAUUUGCCUUUGAGUGAGAAGGCAGCCCCUUUUACUGGCAAGGAACAGGGGAACCAAAACAGUAGAGCGGACCGACUACUACAAAGUAUCUGGAAUGUACCUGUAUUAUAUGAACACUAGGUGGUGACAAGAUAAUGGGAGGGCUUAAUACUUGCUUAUACUGGAGGGAAAAGCUUUUGCAGUGUAUUUUAGUUGAUAAAGUAACACAUUUUUGGUUAACUGAAUUGAACAGAUACAUCCACAGGUCUCUUUGUUGCUGCUUAGAAUGCUGAAGUGUGAAUACAGUAUAUACAUCAAGAUUAUAAACGUGUUCAAGUUGUGUUGAACAAGUAGACAUCAGCUGUUACAUUAGAAAACGUUUGGGGGUUUUCAUUGAGCUUGUAUCUGUACUGCUUUUCAUGUGUUUCAGGUGCUUAAGCGGGGUCUGCUUGUGUCAUAACUGUUAAUUGUGACAUGCGGUACCUUGGAGCAGCCAUAAGCUCUGGCCUUCUGAAUGAUGAAGGCUGACCACCUGCUCAUGACUCCUGACAAUAGUGCUGAACAGUCAAUUUGAGAAACCAUCAUAGUAAGAUGAGCCAGAUACCAGCACAGGAGCUAAAUGAAACAACCGUCGGGAGUCAAGAUUUGGUACCUUGUAGAAUCUGCGGAAGACAAUUUGCACAGGAUGUUCUGAUGAGACACGAGCCCAUUUGCAAGAAAGUCUUCAACAAGAAGCGCAAGCCCUUCAAUUCUUUUAAGCAGAGACUGCAGGGAACAGAUAUCGGAACUGUGAAGAGGCAGCCCCUGCUGAAGAAUCAGCCAGUGAAGAAAUCUAACUGGAGGCAGCACCAUGAGGAUUUUAUUAAUGCCAUUAAAUCAGCCAAAGAAGUGACGAAAGCUAUGCAAGAAGGCCGUCCUCUUCCACCUCCCCCCCCACCAAGCAUCAAUCCAGACUAUAUUCAGUGUCCAUUCUGCUUGAGAAGAUUCAACGAGGCUGCAGCAGAGAAGCACAUCAGGUUUUGUGAAGAGCAAGCUGCUCGCCGUGCCAUUGCUGCUAAGAUCACCAAACAGCCUGUGGGCAAGCAACCAGUGACUCAAAGGAAAAAAACAACUGUCACACCUGCGUUACCACAUGAGAAGAAGGGACAAAAGCUUGAUAAUGGAGAAAAGGCUACUCUAGAGACUCCUCCUGGAGCACAGCAGAAAAGCAGAAAACCUUCGGGUGUGUCUCCCAGAAAAAAAUCUGUUGGGGAACUUAGACAGCAGACAGAGACCCGAAGAUAGAGCAGCUGCCUGCCAGGGACACAUGAAGGUGUUUUGCGAAGCACUGUGGGCCUUAACAGUGUCAUCCUCCAGCACCUCUUCCACCCCAAGUGCUGCAGUUCAGUACGUUGUGAAGCGGUGGUAAUAACACAAUGGGUACCAUCUCCAAUUAAAACAAACAACAAAAAGAUAAUAAUAAUGGAAGUUCACUGUC